AUGAGUGCAUUCUACGAUUUAUCACCAAAAGACGCCAAAGGCGAAUCAUACCCCUUCAGUGACCUCAAGGGAAAGGUCGUGUUGAUUGUCAACGUCGCCUCCAAGUGUGGAUUCACUCCUCAGUACAAGGACUUGGAAGAGUUGAACAAGAAGUACAAGGAUCAGGGCUUGGUGAUUUUGGGAUUCCCAUGUAACCAAUUUUUGGGACAAGAGCCAGGAACUUCAGAUGAUAUCGCUUCAUUCUGCCAGUUGAACUACGGCGUGAGUUUCCCUGUAUUGGCCAAGAUUGAUGUCAAUGGUGACAAUGCUGACCCUGUUUUCAAGUACUUGAAGUCGCAGAAAUCGGGAUUAUUGGGAUUGACCAGGGUCAAGUGGAACUUUGAAAAGUUUUUGAUUGACAAGGAUGGUAAGGUUGUCCAGAGAUAUGGAUCAACUACCAAGCCCUUGAGCAUCGGCCCUGCCAUUGAGAAGUUGUUGAAAUAA